AUGGUCAAUCCAAUCUCGAUUCAUGUGCUAGAAGACGCUAUUGUAUUGCAAGGAAAUCAACAAGAGUCGGCCGGCAAAUUGCUUCAAGGCAAGCUCAUUCUCGAUCUCAAAGAGCCGAUCAAGGUGCGAUCUGUCAACUUGAGAUUCUAUGGCAAGAUGAAAGUGUCAUGGCGAGAAGGGGUUGGGCAUGGUCAAGAUUUUCAUCAACAAGAGCGUACCAUCAUGUCACAUAAAUGGCAGUUUGUUCCUCAAGAAGACGAGGCAUCCUCAUCAUCAUCAUCAACGACCCAUCAUCAGAAUCAUCAUACCGGCACGACGGUGGGGGUGCGAAGACCCAAUUACACUCUACGUGCUGGGCGGCAUGAGUGGACAUUUGCAUUACCGUUGCCAGGUGAUUUGCCUCAAUCAGUGGAAGCUACGAAUGGAAGGGUGAUUUAUCAACUCAAGGCCAUGAUCGAACGUCCAUUCUAUCUUCAAAACUUUUCGCUCAAACGACCCAUUACGAUUGUAAGAACGAUGCAGCUGGAUGAUUUUCCUGCAGUGGAUACUUGGGAAGUGCAUCAUACGUGGGAGGAUAAGAUCGAAUACGACAUCAACAUGCCAACACGGAUUUAUUCAUUGGGAGAGCACAUUCCCAUCUCCUUUGAUAUCAAGCCAUUGGAUCAUAAUUUGCGAGUACGGCGCUUGGUGGUUACAUUGAAAGAGUAUCGUGCCUAUCGAGCCAAGGAGCAUUCGACGCGACAUACGUGGGAAUGUACAUCGAACGUUGUUGUCAAUCCAAACCCUUUGGAGAGGUGGAAUCACGUGUUGGAUUUGAAUAUACCCAAUGAACCCCCGCAUGUGCAUUGCGAUUCAGACAAUGAUAUGAUGAAGAUCCAGCACAGAAUCAAAUUCAGUAUCUAUCUCCAAAAUGCCGAUGGUCAGAAAUCAGAAGUGCGUUGUGCAGCUGUUAUCAUGAUUGUUCCCUCUUUGGUCCAACAAGCAGCACACAAUACCUUACCACCAUACCAACCUACAACAUCAUCCUCAUUGUAUCGCACAGCUUCCAAUGCUGUUAGUAUUCGAGGUGCUACAUCACGUACUACAGUCGCUUCUUCCUCCUCCUCCUCUGGUGAUCAACAACAAGAGCCUCUAGCAAGAUCCUAUGGUUCAUCGGCGGGUAUUUGGUGGCAUGGCAUGGAUCUUUCUCGUGUUCCUUCUUAUAAUACGGCUGCUCAACAAGAACCCGCUUCCCUUUCAUCCUCAUUGCCUCCAUAUGAAACGAUCAUUCCUCCUCGAUAG